UACUAACACGUGCAUCCGCCAUCUUAAAUUUUGCUAUAAACUGGCUCAUAGUUUUACAGUAAUUUGACUUGUCGGAGCGUUGAAAAAAUGUCAGGAACACCUCUUAUUGUGCUAAAUCAAAACACAAGACGAGAGUCUGGUCGCAAAGUACAACUUGGAAAUGUAGAAGCAGCUAAGACUAUAGCGGACAUAAUUCGAACAUGUUUAGGACCGAAGGCUAUGUUAAAGAUGCUAAUGGACCCAAUGGGAGGAAUUGUUAUGACAAAUGAUGGAAAUGCAAUACUUCGUGAGAUUCAAGUGCAGCACCCAGCUGCCAAAUCAAUGAUUGAGAUCAGCAGAACUCAAGAUGAAGAAGUCGGUGAUGGCACUACCUCUGUCAUUAUUCUUGCUGGUGAAAUGAUGUCAGUUGCUGAACAGUUCCUUGAUGAUCAGAUGCAUCCUACAGUUAUUAUUGGAGCUUACAGACAAGCCAUGGAUGACAUGUUGGAAAUCCUCAGAGAUCAAAUCAGUGUUCCAGUUGAUGUUGACAACAGAGAGGAAAUGUUGAAGAUUGUCAGGAGCUCUGUUGGGACAAAAUUUGUGCAUCAUUGGGGAGACUUGGCUUGUAACAUAGCUUUAGAUGCUGUACGUACUGUUGUAAGAGAUCAAGGCGACAGAAAAGAGAUUGACAUUAAAAAUUAUGCUAAAGUAGAAAAGGUUCCUGGAGGUGAACUUGAAGAGUCGCGUGUUUUAUCUGGUGUUAUGGUUAACAAAGAUGUCACUCAUUCCAGGAUGAGAAGGAGAAUAGAAAACCCCAGGAUAGUUCUUCUGGAUUGUUCUCUGGAGUACAAGAAAGGAGAGAGUCAGACCAGCUUAGAAAUUACCCAAGAAGCAGACUUCAGUCGUAUUCUUCAGCUAGAAGAGGAAUUUAUUCAAAGAGUCUGUAGUGACAUUAUAGCUUUAAAGCCUGAUGUUGUGUUCACAGAAAAGGGAGUAUCAGACCUUGCACAGCAUUUCCUGGUAAAGAAUGGAAUCACAGCGAUACGCCGUAUCAGGAAAACUGACAACAAUCGUAUUGCUCGUGCAUGUGGUGCAACCAUCGUUAACAGAACAGAAGAACUGAAAGAAGAAGAUGUUGGCACUGGGGCUGGAUUAUUUGAAAUUAGUAAAUUUGGAGAUGAGUACUUCUGUUUUGUGACUGAAUGCAAGAAUCCCAAGGCAUGUACAAUCUUACUACGUGGACCAAGUAAAGACAUCUUAAAUGAGGUUGAACGCAACCUUCAUGAUGCUAUGAAUGUGGCACGGAAUGUGAUGUUAGAUCCCAGGCUUGUACCAGGGGGUGGUGCAGCGGAGAUGGCUCUUGCUCAUGUGCUAACAGAGAAAGCCAAGUCGGUGGCAGGUGUUCAACAGUGGCCUUACAAAGCGGUUGCCAAGGCACUGGAAGUGAUCCCACGUACUCUGAUUCAGAACUGUGGAGCUAACACCAUCAGGACUCUUACUGCCCUAAGAGCAAAACAUGCUGUAGAAGGUAACACAACCUGGGGCGUUAAUGGCGAGACUGGUGAGAUUACAGACAUGAAUGAACUGGGUGUGUGGGACACUUACUCGGUUAAAGCACAGACUCUCAAGACUGCUAUUGAGACGGCCAUGCUUUUGCUGCGUAUUGAUGAUAUCGUUUCUGGGACGAAAAAGGCGAGCGGAAAAGAAGGCUCACAGUCAGGAGCUGCUCCUACUACAACUCCUGAGGAUUGAUCGCCAGUCCCACACAACAAACAAAUUACACGAGUUAUGGGCCACUGAAGAUGCAUAGCUCGCCACUGAUUUAUGGGGCGCUUUCACGACGACUUCCGUUCCAGGAUUGGGAAACGGGCUUUGAAACUUUGGGCUAUGCUUUGCACGUGCGUGCGGAAUGAACUUUUUUUGGAUCUUGAUAUUGGUGUUCAAGAACAGAACAGUGUAAUCAAUAUUGAAACCUUGAGUUCAGAAUUAUGUCUACCAACAAGUUAAAGACCUACAGAGGACAGGACAGAAGACAGAGAACAGUUACCGCUUGAAUUCACGACCAACGUCAGUCAUAUAUAAACGCAACGUAAAAGCCGAUUCCUGGUUUAGUUUGUAUCAUCGAAUUAUGAUGCUCGUGGAAAGUUUGAAAAGCACGAGAGAAGCGUAAGAGUGCUCGAGGUGCAUCUGAGGACAAUUCUAGCUUCUUGAGUGUUCCCCAAACUUUCCGCGUGCAUCAUAACUCGAUGAUAUUCAACUAAAAGCAUGAAUCAAUUAUUUUAUAACACCGCCAAUGGAAAUAACUUUCUCUGGCGACGCGAAGUCAACUUUGUCCACGCCAUGAGCGUUUAUGAUACAAGCUUGCGUAUGCAAAGUUUGAUAGCUCGGCUGUGCGAGCUGUUAUAAUGUGUAGUACGGUUCGUGAUCUGUGUUUUCAGCUGAUCCAUGGUAUCAAACCAUGAAAGUUGUAAUAGAGAAGUUUAUCUCGCAGAGCGAGUAUUUAUUUAUAGUUUGGACAGAAAGGCAGUCUAUGAAGCAGCAAGAAUUUCCGUUCCACUAGGAAUUGAUAUCUUACUUAAGAGUCGAAGUGAUCAAAGCAGGGUUUCCUCUUCCUGUUCCAUGAAAGUGCAAUUAAAUUUCCGAAAGUUGUCGCGAAAGCCCCAUAACCUCUAUGCUAGAGUGAAGUGCAUGAAUCGUGAAAAUUCCUCAAAAGUAUUAAUAAAGUGAACAAUUAAGAAACA